AUGGAAUAUAGCGUUGGAGACGUUGUACGAUGUAUGUGGGGAUCGAAACCGGUUGAAUACGAAGCGAAGAUUAUUCACGCCAAUUCCGCAACAAAGGAGUACUUUGUUCACUACCAAGGAUGGAACAAGCGCUACGAUGAAUGGAUAUCCGAAAAAUCGAUACUAGGUUCGUCACGGAAACAACAAACGACUCCUUCCCACCACGAAACUCCAAAAGUUCGCCAUUCGAGAAGAGAAAAGAAAAUCAAGAAACCAAUUGAUUGGUCUCCCACAUCAUCUGCUACAACACAUGCUGCAGAGAAACCUGCCGUUGAAAAAGUUUCAAAUAAGCAACAUGUUCCGAUCUCGUCGAAACGAAAGCACUCUCCGGUAGCUAAAGUUGCUAAGUCGCAGCCUAUCUCUCCACCUGUUACAACUGGAGAUGAUUUUGCCACCAGCGACGAGGAGGAGGGAGGCGAUGCUCUGCCGCGGUCUUAUAUUGAUGUUCUGGCGAAGGCAAAGAAGCGAGCAGAAAGGAAGAGUCAGCAAAGAACUUCUCCGAAAGCGACCAAGAACAAGUCCCCUAAAAGUAAAUUAAUGGAACAUGGGGAAGCUGACAACGGAACUCUCCACGCCACUCAACCCUCAGCUGAGUGGGAGAAGUGCUCAACAACCGCGUCAUCUGCCGACGUAACCAGCACUUCAGUGGAGUGUCACGGAUUUUCUGCAAUUGGAGGAGACCAUAACUACUCGAGUUUGCGCUUCCAUUAUAACGAAACACCGCCA